ACGAUCACAGCACAAAGAAGCAGGCGUCUUCCGUUUCGUCACAUGCACAACGCCUGGAUCAAACGGGGGACAGUCGUCGACGGGAGGAGAACUGUGUGGACUUCUAAUUGCCGAGCACGCACGCACCAGAUCGCCCAUGGCUGCCACCGUUAGUUAAUCCAUUUCUCAGAUAUGCCAUUCAAGUAGGUAGUGCUUCCAAGUAUUCAGUGUCCGUUUACCUUUCACCUGUGUCUGCUGAGGUGUUUGUUGCCAUUAUUUGGAUACAAUUAGUGGAGCAAGUGAACUAAAUUAAAAAGACUGAUAAAAGGGCACUUCAUUAUGAAAAUUAAUGAUGAAGAAGUAUUUGUUCAACAAGUUCAGAUUUCGGAUCCUUCAAAUAAUACAAAUGUCAACUAUACAUCAGCUUCAGACGUGACCAAAGAUGUCUGUAGUUCAGAUAUUUAUGAUGACCAGGUUGUUGCCGAAUGUGAAAGAAUGUCUGACGAUCAAGUAGAGGAAAAUGGUUACUGUUCUGAUGAUGGUUCAAGUCUUCACAGCAGAAGAAAACAACACAUUGCUUCCCCUGCAGCCAGCAUAGUUUCUGGAAGAACAGAAGAUCCUGUAUUUGAUGAAGUUCAAGAUGCAGUUUUUCAUUACCAAAACAAAUUUGAGCAGCACAAUGUUAUAUCUGAAGAUUUGUACAGCACAGAUCAACAACGGACACUGGGUGAGAUCCUCACAUAUUGCCAGGUUAUGUAUGAAGCCAUACAGAAACUUAAUGAAAAAAUCGACUGUCUCCAAGUUAAAGUGGGAAAUGUACAAUCCAUGAGCCUGCAAUCACAAAAGUGUGAUGCCUCUUCAACUGAAAGUGUUCAGCAUGAAAUGUUCCAGAAGAAUAUGACAGAAAGUGGAGCAGUUAUGCCACCGUUGAUCAGGGCAACUUCACCUUAUCCCCAUUUACAAACAACAGCCAAGAAACCACCAACCCUUUAUCUGGCUCCAGGACUGCGCAGCCCAUCAGAGUCACAAUUUCUUGACAAGGAAACACAAUCAAGCCGUGUUAUUAUUCCCAUUAAAACAGAGGAGUCCACAGACAGCGAGUUUUCUAAAGAAAACCCGGACAACAUACCACAACCUUCAGACAGUAAAAGCAAAUCAAAAUGUAAAUCGCUGCUUGCGAGUCUUUCUUCACAGCCAUCUAAUUCUGCUACAGUGUUGAUUGGUGAUCACAAAAGGAAAGUGCGCAUUGCUAAAUCUGUGAUUCAGAAAGUCUGUCAUAAAAGCAAUCCACGGAAUGCAGUUCGCUUCCUGCUUCGUGGUCUUUUUACAAAUGAAACUCUGACCUGCAGCAAUGUUAUGGGAGAUACAGUCAGAGGCCUCAAAAAAUUGGACCCUAAUAAAAUAGCAGCAAUUAGAGAAUGGCUUGCUGAAAAAUUCCCAAAUUAUAAUUUACGUGAAAAUGGAAAAGACUGGAAGGCCUGCAUUUCCAUAAUGAAUUCAAUGGCAAGAUAUAUGAGAUUUGAAGCAAGAAAGCAAAAGAGGUUGUGGAACAACUAUGAUGACCGGUUGCCUGUGAACAAAAUAAAAAAAAUUCCCAAAACUGAGAAACGUGUGGAAAAAAGCAAGUCGAUGAAGAGCGCCGAGGCUGAGAUCUGUGUUGAAAUUGAGUCAGACGAGGAUGCAGAAAUAAUCCCUUCCACUUCUGGCAGACAGCGAAAGAGAGCAGCUGCUCCAGUAAAAUCCAUUGAACAGAGGGGGAAGCAAUGGAGCCCAGCACCCAGUCAUGCAGAUCUCCAUAUCGAAAUUUCACAAACAUACCUGGGUGAUCCAAGAAGAAAGGUCAAAAUAGCCCAAACUAUAAUUCAGGAAGCCAACCUGAGAAAAAGGCCAGAGCUCAUCGCACGUUUUCUUAUCAAGUAUCUUUUCACAAAAGAAGUGCUAGUGAAGAGUAAUGUGAAUGGGAUAAAAGACCGGGGCACAGCGGCACUUGAUCCCAACACAAUCGGGGCACUCCGAGAGUAUUUGAAAGGACGAUUUCCUUAUUUACAGAUGAGUGAAGAUGGAAAAGACUGGAAAGUCUGCAUUGGUGCCAUCAAUAGUGCUAUUCGCAAAAUACGAUAUGAGGAGAAAUUAAAAGGGGAAUUUUUGGAAAGCUACUGAAAGGAUUAAUUCAAACCAACACAGCCUUGGUGGAAAACAGUUCAGAGAAGUUACCUGCACCAGAAAGAUGUUGGGCUUGUUGGGAUAUUUCUCUAAUUCUCU